AUGCCUGGAGAACCUCAGCCAGCUCAAAAGCGCCCACGCCUCCCCUUCAAACCUCCUAGUCGCACGACUAGCGCGGCACCAUCCAGCUCCGCGCCAAAGGCCAAAGGGAAGGCAAAACAAACCAGCACAAAAGCCUCCACAUCCACAACCGUGCCCAAAACAAAAAGCAAACCCACUCAGGGCAAGUCCACAACCCAGAGAAAAUCCGUGAGCAUCGGGAAACGGCCCCGACCCGAGUCUCCGGUAGCCAAUGUCAAUGCCAAUGCCGCCUCCGAAUCCGAAUCCGAAUCCAACUCCAAUGAAUCAAGCCGCAGUCGUUUACGGUCACUCUCUCAGGAGCCGGACUAUAUUCUUGCUGAAAUCAUAACUACAAAUCAAACAGAAGACGUCACGUCCAGCGACCCCAAAAUACCUUCAAAACUGCUUACGCGCUUGUUGCAUCAGCAUUUCCAGAAUGAGAAGACCAAGGUUGCAAAAGAUGCUAAUAGUGUUGUUGCCAAGUAUGUUGAUGUAUUUGUGAGGGAAGCCAUCGCCCGAGCUGCAUAUGAGAGGGCCGAGUCAGAUGGAAAUACUGGGAGCAGGGGCCUUGGGGACGGGUUCCUCGAGGUUGAGGAUCUUGAAAAAAUGGCGCCGCAGCUUACGAUGGAUUUCUAA